AUGCAUCGUCUUUUUGCUGAGCUGGAGCCAUCUUUAACCGUCACAGAGCAAAACCUGGCAGACCGAGUUCGGUAUAUCUUGCGCUCAAAUAUAUUUGAUGUCGCCGAACUCGAACGGCUACGACGUGAGGCUGUUCCCUCGUCGGAUGAGAAUGCUACGGUUGAGGAUGCGGCGCGACAAAUGUACGCCUCUCGAAAAUCGACCGCGACUUCCCCGCAUAGCCCUAAGCAAGCGGAAUCGGGCUGUCGUGAGGGCUCUGAACCCAAUGCUGGUGACCUAUUUGGAAGCCAGCCGGGACCUUUGCGAGACGGACUCAAUUUUUUUGGCGCCGCGCUGGCAGUCUGCCGUAUCAUAGGCGCCAAGGUUUCCACGGCUGGACGCGCUACUGGCCACAGUAGCGCUAUCCCAGCAUGGAGAAGAAGAAUUGAGGAACGUAUCGCAAAGGCUAGAGCUCUCACCGGCAGACUGAUAUGCUUCAGAUCAGGCAACAACAGGCCAAGAAUUGUGCGCACCGUCAGGAUGGCGUUUGCUGGGACAAAUGUCAGUUUGUCCCAGCCGGAUAUAACGCAAAAACUGACGGAGCGCAUAGAUGAUCUGAAGCAGAGAAUCGCUGCUUGGGGAAAGCGGAUUCGGCGAUAUACCGAGAGGUCGACACGGUUCAACCAGAAUCGUCUCUUCCAGAGUAAUCAGAAGAGGCUCUAUGAAUCAUUGGAGCGACCAAUGGUAAGUGGAACGGGUCGAGCACCGAAUCAGGCCGACACUGUAGCAUUCUGGCGCGGCCUGUGGUCAGAGCCCGUAAACCACAGCGAGGGCCCUUGGACGGAAGUUGUGGCGAGUCAGUGUGCGGGUAUUACGCCCAUGGACCCCGUCAUCAUAACGCCGGAUGACGUAGCUGAGGCGGUCCGUAGGGCCCCGAACUGGAAAAGUCCGGGGCUUGACGGGCUGCAUCACUACUGGCUGAAGGGGUUCAUGGUGUGUCACUGUGUGCUUGCCCGACAGUUUCAAGAGGCUCUCAACCAGAAGUCGCUCCCAAGCCUCUUCACUACUGGGAUCACUCAUUUGGUUCCUAAAGACCAGGUUAGCUUCUUGAUUGCAAUAAAUAGAAAAACUUACAGUAUCACGCCUAAGGGUUUAGAAAUAUCACGUCCAAGUCCAUCACAGUUCACAAAGAACCUUCAUAUAAUGAAACUGAUUAUUUUUGGAUUAUUCCUAACACUGGAGAUCGGAAUACUCGCCUUCCGUUGCGACAGAAGACCAUAUGGAUCUACAACGAAAGCAUCAGCAGCUGAUGGGCGAUUUAAAUUGUCUGUGGUUGGCGCUGAAAACACAUAUAUGCCUGAACAAUUAUAUACAGUACAAAUAGCUGCUACAGAUGGCGAGUCCAGAUUCACCGGCUUCAUCAUAUCGGCAGACGGUGCCACAAAGCCUAACCCAAAGAAUCCAAGGCGAACUAUGACCCUUUUUCCUGGACAUCUGAAACCCCGGGAUAUGCUUUCUGCAAAAUAUAGUGACCGUUGCUUAUACUCUGUUGAACAUGUGAUAGCGUCACCCAAGAGUUUUGUAGAGGUAUAUUGGCAAGCUCCGGAGUCUGGUAAUGGCUGCGUCACUUUACGCGCGAUGGUCGUUGAAACCGAAGUGGUUUGGUUUGAAGAUGGACCACCAUUGACCCAGCAGCUUUGCGAGGACACUAGACAGCCGGAUGACGUCACGCCGCAGCUAAAUUACAACUGCCAGAUCUGCGAUGAAGCUAAGUAUGAGAUCACGUUCACUGGUAUUUGGUCGCGGAACACACAUCCACGGCAGUAUCCAGAAAAAGAAUGGGAGCCAAGAUUCAGUGACUUGGUGGGUGCCUCCCACGCUGUCGACUAUAUUCUAUGGAUACCUGGCUCCCUCGCUUCUCAAGGUAUCAGAGAACUGGCCGAACAUACAAAUACGAGCAAACUUGAAGUUGAAAUCCGAGAGAAGAUAGGUGACGGAGUUCGAACUAUGAUCAAAGGAAAAGGUCACGGGUACCCAAAAAUGAACUACCCUACUUACGCCUUCGUCCGUACCGACAAAACUAAUCAUCUGAUCAGUGUGGCUGUGGGUAUCCAUCCCUCUCCGGAUUGGUUCCUCGGAGUCACAAGGUUUGAACUCUGCCAAGAGGACAAUACAUGGCUUCAGGAAAGAGAACUCAAUUUAUUUCCGUGGGACGCCGGGACUGACAGUGGGAUAUCUUAUGAGUCAAUGAAUAUCGAGACGUUUCCUCAAGACGCGAUAUCUCGUGUGCAAAUGAGCUCCUACGAUAAAGAUUCGCCAUUUUACGAAAUGGACAUGAAAGAUCUCCAUCCGUUCGGAAGGUUACGAAUUAAACUAAUCAGGACUUACCAAAAGGAGUGCGUGGAAGAAACGACAGAAGAAGAAAAGACGACAGAGGAAGAUGUGACAACAACGACAGAAGAAGCACGGACAGAAACAGAAUCAGACGUGGAAGAAUCAAGUCUCUCAGAGCCUGAUGCGCCCUCCAGGUACCAAAACACAGACCUAGCUAGCGGCGAGCGCGGGCGCGAGAAUCCUGUAGUUACGGACACCGAGUCACCCGAGGACUGUCCCAUGUCACAGUGGCAGGAGUGGAGUGAGUGUGAGGGCGAGUGUAUCGACGGUCAGGUCGUCGGGUACAAGUGGCGGGAGCGAUAUCAUUUAGUCGAUGGUAUUGCUGUUGAAAAAUAUGAUCCUUAUGCUAAAUAUACAGCGACUAAGGAGGUUCCGAAAUAUUGCAAGCUCCAUUAUGACACAUUUGAAAGAAUAGAAUGCGAGGACGUCUGUUCCGAUGAUUUCUCUAACGAAAUGCUAACAGGAUAA